CCAGACCGUCGUCACCGCCUGCAUAGGCGCCCAGCGCUUGACCUCCAGCUCAGACGUCCAUACCCGAGAGACCCCCUUGGAAAUUCAUUCAGUACGCUAACACGCUCUGCACUCAUUGACUGAUAGAACGCCUGCGCCAGCACAGGUUACCUCGUUGCGUGGGCGUGGACAUAGACGAAUACGGCACUCAUGGCUUCUCUAUGGUCGCUUCGACCGCUCAUCUCACCUCCGGCGCCGCGGAGCUCCGUUGAGGACCGCGCCUUGGAUCGCUCCGAAAUCCAAGAGAACAUCUCUCACCAUGAGGACAUCAUACGGGACCUGGACAUCGAGAUCGCCGGCCUGCUCAAAGAUGUUCGUGAGCUGCAACUCCGCAAGCUCACGCACCAUCAGGCUGUUUCGAAAUACCUCGGCCUCAUCACCCUCGCGCGCAAGCUCCCGCAAGAGCUGCUUGCACUGAUCUUUGAGCAAUGCAUCCAGGACGGCUACACACGGACGCCGCUCUACGUAUCGCAUGUCUGCUCCGAAUGGCGUGAGGCGGCGAAAGCCCCUACGCUGUGGCGCUACAUCUACGUGAGCGCCAAUGAACACAAUCCAUAUGCGCGUACGCUCUUUUGGUUGAGUCGCGCGCGAGAGGUACCGUUGCGUAUCACCGUCGAUGUCGGGCUCGACGUGGCGCGCGUUACUAGCUCGCUCGACAUCCUCCUCGACCGGGCUUCGCAAUGGGAGACCUUCACAGUAGCCGCCGUCACCGUUCCUCAGGGCAAUCAGAUACUCGACAUGUGCGGCCGCCCUCGCGAGUUCCCUCAACUUCGCACUGUAUCACUGUCCGUCGAACAGGAAACUACGGUGAUCGAGCCCAUGGGCGUCGGCUCGGAGGAUUUCUACCCAAUGCAAGUGGCCUUCAAGGCAGCGCCACAUUUCAGAACCCUCCAUGUCGCUCGCCCGUUCCUUCCGGAGCCUGGGGUCCUCCCCGCGCAUAUCUCGACCCUGACACUAUCCCUAUCCUCCCAGCCGACCAUCACCUACUCCUUGUCGGCAUUGGCCAGCGCGCUCGCAGACCUGACGAAUCUGCGCGAGCUAUCGCUUCUCCUGACGGCAGGGGCGGAGCACGCCUUCGUCCUUCGAGUACAUGAACAACCGCAGCUGGUUGUUCUGCCGGACCUUCAAACGCUGACGCUCGUCGGAAAUGAGAGCAUGUUCAACUUGCUCGAAUUCCUUCAAGCGCCCUUACUACGUCGUCUCCACGUACGCUCAUGCGUCGAGCCCAGUGGCGAACCUAAUCUUUCCCUCGCGCACUAUAUGGAACGCUUCCUGGGCUCGUGUGCUCCGCCGAUCGAAAUGCUGGAGUUGCACGACAUCGAUCUGCCAUCGUCGUCGUUCUCCUUCUGCUUCUCGAACCUCCCACAUUUGAGGCACCUUCGGCUGCACGAAAGCGAUAUAUCCGACCAUAUGAUCGGACGGCUAAUGAACAACCCUCGCUUGUCGACGCUUGAGCUGCGCUGGUGUGGCCAAGUCUCUGGCAAGGCGCUCCUGGACCUUGUCGAGCGCAAGAAGCGGACGGAUGGACAUACACCGAUCGGGGAGCUGGUUAUGAUCAACUGCUCGUACGUAGAGGACGACGAUAUCGUCGCGCUUGCCGAGCAUACCGUCUGCCGGCUCGUGAUUUCCGACGAGAACGAUUAUUGUCGGUCCUUUGGAUGCUGUCAGAACGAGCGUUAUCGCAGGCGGUUGCAACUCCGGCGCCUUGCUGCCCAUGGCCUUAAUCAAACGCACUGGAAGCGUCUCAUUAUAUGAUCCAACUUGUGAGCGCUGUUCAGUACCUAUGGUCGCCUUACCUUCCUUUGUUUUGCCCUUCCUUCUUCGGAUAUUAGACACCGUUGCCUUUAUACGGAUAGAUGAGCGAUGAAACACUCUGCUCUUCUUUCAGGUUUAGAUACAGAUACACGGAACAUAUGGCGUGAAUAUAUCCUUUGUCACCCUUCCUCUAUGCUGCGAAGUCCGGCACAUAGCGUGCUUAGUAUUAU